CACACUCCCGGCCAGGCCAGCUCUACUCAAUUCACAACCACCAUGCGCCGCGCGAUACUGUCCCGUCUCACCCGGCCCUGCGCCUGCACGCGCCGUCCUAUUCUCGCGUCCACCGCCGCCACCACAAUCUCGCAAUCCGCACGCUUCGCCUCCGACAGCCCGUCCAUCACCGAGCGCAUCCGUCGGAACCUCUGGGGCACCGAUGCUCCACCGGGCCCGAACGAUCCGUACAAGCGGAUUCCUUCCACCGGCGCAAAGGUCGUUGAGAAUAGCGAGAUAGAGAUAGAUCCCGAGUACCGCGAGGCGCUGGAUGCAAGGGGACUGCCCAUUGCUGGACUGGAAAAGCUGAGUGACAUGUGGCUUAUUGUUCCGUUUGCACCGAAAACGGAGACGGUGCUGCAGACCGAGGAUAUACAUCGUGCCCUUCAUCGGGCUGUCGUUGAGGUGUUCACGCUGCGAUUGAAUGGGAGGAGUCCGGUAACGGAGAUUGGAAUUAAUACGCCUACGACACCGGAGACUGCUACGGGAGAUGUGGAGAUUGUAGUUACGGAGAGUGGUGAGGUGCGUGUUGAGUUUGCAGGGCCGGAGGUAGAGGAGGCGAUUUUAAACUCGCUUGUGCCUCUUGCCGAGGAGGUGGAGGUGGAGGUGGAGGCAGAUAUUGUUGCCGAAACGGAGGUCGUGGCUGAGACCGCUGAGGCGGCAGAAACAGCCGUGGAAGCAGAGUUUAUGGUCGAGUCAGAUGAGCCACGGCCUCAGUGGCUCGAGCAGGGCCUCAGGGGCGAGGGCUGGGUCAGGCUACCAAUAUCGCAAGAACAAGUCAAGUUCGCGAUCAUCAAACGUGUUCUCCAGCUCACCGGCCAGCGCAUUCCCGACGCCGUAGCAACACAAACCAACACCGUCUUGGACCUCUUGAGACACCUUAUCACUCCCCCUCCGCCUAAAAAGCUCGCCGACGCACUGGUGGAGACUGAGCUCGCCGAGCUUCCGAACGUAAAGCUGUUCUCGUCACGGAUAAAGCCCAUGGACAAGGAGCGGGUCAUUGGUCGGGCUAGGCCUAUCGAGCAGGUGGUUGAUUACACUUACGAAGGCAUUGACAAACCACAAAAGGCUUUCAAAGGGCAUGUGGUGUACCGCUGAGAGGUUGUGGUUUGGUAGACGGUGUAUUGUAAUAUAGUCGGGGAAGGAUGGGCAAUUUACGGUACCUAGAUAGAUCCUUGGGCUCGGUCCUGCUGCCGAAAUUGGUUUCACAUCACUCAAGCUUUGGAG